UGUAGGGACGGCGCCUUCCCCUUGUCAUGUCAUACUUCCUUCUGAACUUAGUUUUAGUUUAGGUGUUGUUGUUGUUGUUGAAGAUGGAGCUGGUCUGGAUUUGCCUCCUGGUCUUUUGCAGCGUAUCAGGGAUCUCUUGCCAGGAAGAUCUUUCUCGAAAGGUUUUCGUGUUCCGCAAUGAGCCUAGCGAGGCUUACGUCGUUCUCAAACCCCAACCGGAGGAGCCUCUUCAGAACUUCACCGUCUGCUUGAGGUCCUAUACAGACCUGACCCGGCCCUACGGUCUCUUCUCGUACGCAACGAGGUUGGAGGACAACGAGAUCCUGAUCUUCAAGCCCAAAUCGGGAGAGUAUCGAGUCUACGUGGGCGGAGAAUACCUCUCCUUCAAAGUCCCCGAAGACACCCUCGACUGGGAACAUGUCUGCUUCGGGUGGGAAUCGGCCACUGGCAUUGCUGAGUUUUGGCUGAAUGGGAAGCCCUGGCCCAGGAAAGGGUUGAAGAAAGGGCAUGUUGUGGGCGCUGACGCCUUCAUUGUGCUGGGCCAAGAGCAAGACCACUAUGGAGGUUCCUAUGACUCUUACAACUCCUUCUCCGGAGAACUGACCGACGUCUACAUGUGGGAGUUCCUCCUCUCGCCUCACAAGAUGAGGUCCGCCUAUCAGGAUCUCCAGCUUCCCCGUUGCACUUUGGGUUGGAAGAAUCUGCAUUAUGAAAUCAAGGGUGACGUGGUAGUGAAGGCCAGGUUGAGAUGAAUGAAAUCACCUAAAUCCAGGUUUGUUCUGUCACGCGCUGGGCCUGUAAAGAAUUGCUUUUAAAAUAGGACGUGCAACUUGAGCCCAGCGGGAAGCCAGGGGGCCCUGAAGAGAAGUUCUCAUGGAUUUUCCACCACAAAUGGUCUUUAGGUGGCUUGUGAAGUAUAACAAAGUCCUUUAUUAAUGAACAAUCAAACAGAAACUUCUCUUGUCUUCAAUAAAGUUAAACAAAUGCUUCCAGGCCUUUA